GAACGGAGUCCCGCCUCCAGUUCUCUUUAUACAUCCAUGCCUGAAACCAGAGAGCCGGUGGGAGGAAGGGAAGCGGCUGUUGUACCCCUGGCUACUAUCGUUAUUAGAAACCGUUACCGCUGUCAUUUCCCCAAGGAAGUAAAUAGGGGACGUUUAUUCUCAACUGACGUUCUCCAUCUUUGAAGGAAACCGAGAGGUGUGGAGUAAUGAGAGUGGGGGAGAGAAGGAGGCAGGACUCCCAGUAGAACAUUGGCAGAAAAGUUGAAGGCCAAGCAAAGAUGCUGGAGGCGGAUGCAGACGCAGCAGGUGCAGCAGAAGAGAGAGAGGAGGCCGAGAUGGGGAGCGGAGACUAUACGUCUGAGAUGAGGCGGCUGAAUCUGGAGCUCCAGGAGGCCACGGAGGAGAAGCUCCAGGCAGCGCGCUAUGGCCUGGAGGUGCUGGAGGAAAAUUCUGCUCUGAAGAUGAAACACAGGCAGCUGGAAGAGGAGCACGAAGUCCUCAAAGGGGAGCUGCAGCAACUCAGAGCGGCAUUUUCAGAUUCUGUGAGCAGCCAGAAGCGUGCAGCUGCUGAUGGAGAGUGUCGGGAGGAGAACCUGAUGCAGGAGACGGCCACUAUGGAGGCCGCCUUGACAACUCGCAUGGAUGAAGUCCAGGCAGAGCUCAAACAAGCACGCCUUGCUCUGAGCAAUGCACAUGCAGAGAUCGAUAGACUGGGGGUGGUCUCCACGCAGCUGAAGAAGGAGUGUGAGUGUCUAGAUGCCGAAAAGGGCCAUCAGAGGGACGAGAUGAAGGAAUACAAAGUACGUGAGCAGCGCCAGUUGCAGGACAAUAGCGAGCUAGAGGAAGAGAACACCUCUCUGCAAAAACAGGUGUCCGUGCUCAAGGAGAACCAGGUGGAGUUUGAAUCGAUUAAGCUAGAGAUGACCCAUAAGAACGAGGAGCAGGAGGAGCUGCGAGCUCAGAUGGAGGAGACGGAGCGGCUGAGGGAGAUCUCGGAGAGGCAGCUGGACGAGACCCUGGACUCCCUGAAGGAGGAGAGGGAGCAGAAGAACUGUCUGCGGCGGGAGCUCUCCUCCCUGACCCUCAACCCCUUUGAGUCCAUGGGGAACCUGGAGCUCCACCUGGAUCAGCUGGAUGACAGCCAGGAGGAGGGCCAGGGGGGAGAGGGGGGAGAGGACCAGGACAGCGGCAUUAACAAUGGUCCUGUUUCUGCUCCCAAUUCUGCUCACCCUCCUCACUCGGGGGGCUCCAAAAGUAACGGCCAUAUCCGACGCUACUCCACUCCGCGCAGCAGCAUGGCGUUCCCUCGCGCUCCGGCCUCGGGGCUGGUGUCCGACCUGCUGAGUGAGCUACACUUCUCAGACAGUCAGAAACUAAAACAGCAACUCCUGCAGGCAGAGCGAGACAAGUCCAGUCUGGCCAGCAAGGUGGAGGACCUGCAGCUCCAGCUGGUGAUGUCCAAACAGGCUCUCAGUCAGCAGGCGGACAAAGUGGGAUCUCUCACCCAGCAGCUGGAGGAGGUGCAGAGCAGCCAGCGGCCCAACGGCGGGGAAGAAGACAAAGGAAACGGAGACGAAGCACAGUUUGAUUAUGAGGUGGACACCAAGAGCAAGGAGGUGCUGGAGUCCCGCAUGCGCUCCGCCAGCGACGACCUCCUGAAGCUGAGAGAUGAACUGUCUCAGGCGGGGACGCGUUACAACACCCUGGAGCACCGAUACAAGCAUGAGAAGGACCGCUGGAGGGCCGAGGCUCAGGACCUGGCCGACAAGAUCCGCCUAUGCAUCAAAUCCAGCAAGCAGGACGAGGACCGCAUCAGUGAGCUUCAGAAGGAGAUCGGAGCCACGCGGAAAGUGGCCAUCGAUUCAGAAGGGCACCUGAGCGUCGCCCAGGAAGAACUGCUGGCUUUCUCCGAGGAGCUGUCCAACCUCUACCAUCACAUCUGCGUGUGCAACAACCUGACGCCCAAACGAGUCACGCUGGAUUUUUACCGGGAAGCACGGAGAGCUCACCUGAUCUACCCCCAGCACGGCGCCCAGAAGAAGCCGCGAGCGAACGACAUGUUCAACUCCAAAGCCUCGGUGCUGCAGUUCAUGGGGGAGGUGGACAGCGCGGGAACCAGCACGGACUCUCCUGCAUGUCCUGGAUCCCCAACCCUGGACUUCAGGGACCCUUCAAAUGUCUGCAACUUGGUAGCCGUCAUCCGGUGCCAGAUCAAACACCUCCGGGUGGCGGUGGACUUGUGCCGUCAGAGGGGCGCGAUGCCGUACUCGGGGUUCAGCGACAGCGGAGAGUCGGAGCGAGACGCUGAGAGCCUCAUGGAGGAAGUCCUGAAACUCAAGUCUCUCCUCAGCACCAAGAGAGAACAGAUCGCUACGCUCAGGACCGUGCUGAAGGCCAACAAACAGACUGCAGAGUUGGCCCUGUCCAAUCUGAAAACAAAGUACGAGACGGAGAAGAGCAUGGUGUCAGAGACCAUGAUGAAACUGCGCAACGAGCUAAAGGCCUUGAAGGAAGACGCUGCCACCUUCUCUUCCCUGCGAGUCAUGUUUGCCAGCCGGUGUGACCAGUACGUCACGCAGCUGGACGAGAUGCAGAGGCAGCUGGCGGCGGCCGAGGACGAGAAGAAGACCCUGAACUCCCUGCUGCGGAUGGCCAUUCAGCAGAAGCUGGCUCUCACUCAGCGCCUGGAGGACCUGGAGACCCCUCUGUCUCCUCACAGCCUCAACAGCAGCCCCCGCCGCUCCCGGGCCAAAGAGCUGGCCACCAAGUCGGGUCGGGCUGCACGAAGCCCCCGAAGCAGUCCCGCUCGCCCCCCGCUGAGGAGCAGCCCCCGGGCGAGUCCUGUGCUCGGAGGCAGCGUCUCCGGCCUGGCCACGCACCACCUGAGAGGGCUAACCCGGAGCCUCCACACCAGCCCCCGCUGAGACGCUCCUCCCAUUACUCCAACCCCCCUCUUCUCCAUAAGGACCAUGUCGAUCCCCGGCUCCCUCCUCCUGUCCAUCCCAGAUACGAUGCCAGAACAUUCCCCCAUGGAUUUAAGUUACAAAAUAAAAAUCUCUCAUCCUGCUCUCUUGGUUUCCUCUGCUCGGAGCGGAGGGACCUGCAUGCAGCCUGCAGAACGAUGCUCAUUGUGACGUCAUUGACCGUGUCUUGUCUCAAGUGGAUCCCAUCUGGUCUUGUUGUGUGUCGUGGUGAACCAUUGACAGUAUUUAUUCCAGAGACUGUUCCUCCUGUGCAGUACUCCCUCUCCUGCAGCCCUUGAUUCAGUUUAAGGCUGUCCGCCGUCUUUACACUCUUGCCUUUUAGUCUGGCGUCCUGUCCAGGUCCGUCCGUGCGUCCUUUAGUGUCUGUAAGCCAGUAGAUCCUCGUGAUAAGUCCCAGGUAGUUGUUUAUGUAGAACAAUGCAGCCUUACUAAAAUACUUGCUCUCCCAUAAGUAGUUGCUAUCAUGUUUAGGUGGCUCCCUGGUGGUGCAGUAACAUCCCCCUAAAAGUCCUUCUAAACUCUUUGGCUUUUGCCCAUGAGCCACACCCUUUGACUAUAGGUCAGUAAACACGCUUUUUCACUGAUGGAAAUAUAACAGCCAUUAGAUCCCCCUCUGAGGUCAAAUGGAGUAAUCAGUUACAUGAUUUGGGACGUCUAAUGCACGUCUUACUUUGCACAUUAUGCAGACCAAGUGAGGACAGUGCCUGUGUAAAUCCUGCCUCAUAUAUACUGCUGUUCAACCGUUUAGCAUCACUGACAAUAAGCUCAUUUUGGAAGUCAUCUGGUUGUGCUAAGUGGCACAUUUACAGGCAUCCCAUUGGCUGUGACUUCCUGCUUGCACAUUUAUCUUGGUUGCAUAAUCAUAGUUCCCAUUUUCUCACUCCUUUUGAACAAGCGAGCAACAAUACUCAUGUGUUUGUAUUUCAUCGUUUAAUGUCGCCAUGCUUUGUCUGCUACCAAAGUUAGCAUGUUGUCAUGAGCUAACAUCACCCUCAACAAAGCUAGAGUUCUCCCCCUGUGGCUACAGUUAGCUCCUAGUGCUAGCAGGCUGCUGUUAAGAGUUGCUGCUUGUAGACAAACUAAAUAUGAAUGCGACCCCUUAACGUAUGAGGUCAAAGAAAGAAUAAUGAAUACAAACCAAAAUAUGUCUAAAAAGAGAACUGUACAUUGCUUUGCUUUCCACAAGUCUGAAGAGCAAAGAAUACGAAUAGGAAUCAUUUAAAGCGCUUGUUACUGACGAUACCCCAACACGGGUUGCUAAUAGAGUAGUUUUAAUUUGAGCUGUGAUUUGAGGACAGCACGUUAACACUGGUACGGUCACAACAUCUGGCUCAUUGAAUGCAGUUGAAGUCGAGUUGAGACUAAUCAUGAUGCUAAAGAACACAUUUGAAAACAGAUGUUUAAAAAAGGAAAACUGAACGCGAAAACACGUUGACACCCAUUUUCUUUUAAAGCACAACUGUCCUGUGGUUUAGUAGACGAGGCCACAUCCUGCUGAUUUGUUUUAUUUUCUUAGUGCCUUGGUUUUGAUCUUGUCUGUUGUUUUUAGACUUCGUCACACUUUCUAAAUAGAGGUUACUAUUCAACACUGUAGUUGUGAUUUCUUUGGAAGGAUUGUUUUAUUUACUUUUGAGGAAACUCGUAAAGCAGUGUUAGCACUGAAUCAAAGCGAUAUCUCAAUUUGUUGAAAUACUUCCCCUUUUUAGCACUCCUAUGGACUUGUUAGUAUGAACUAGUGAUGGCAGUACAAUCAAGAGCAUAAUGUAUGAAGAACAUUAUAGAUUAAAGGUCGCUAAAAAGUGGGAACGUUCUAACAUUUUGUCCUGUUGCUUCGAAGGUUGAAAAUGGAUUUCUUGAUCUAUUUCAUUCACUCUGUGCAGUUGUGUGUAUAAUUUAAUUACCAUUGUUGUAUAAUAUUUUAAGCUGUAUUUAUGUGGUCUGCGUUCUGUGUAAAUUGUUCUGAAGGGACGACAUGCACACACUCCCCACAACACAUUUCAUGGUCCUCUACCUUUUAUGUGAAUGCAAUUUCCUUCCCUUGACCUGUGAACCACUUUUGUCAUGAAGAAUAAAAACAAGACGGCACUGAA